GAGUCCUUGUCGUUGCCGGGGAAACGCGGCGUCAACAAGUCAGAGGGUCUCCUAUUGCUGCGUUUAAACAGAGAGAAUACAGAAAGAAGCGGUGAGACAUGAGUGAGCUGCUGGGCCGUGAAGACUGCAUCAAGAGCCUGCGGAAAGACCUGGCCGACAUUCAAAGCGCCAUCGUGGACGUGGUUUCCAGAACCGGACCGCUCCGCUACACCUCCUGGAAGUUCCCCGACAAACUGGCCUGCAACCUGGACAUGGUGGCCCUGCUGGAGGAGUAUGACUUUGUGAACGGAGAGGACGCGUACAACCAGCACUCGCACAUUGUUUUACUGGAGCUGGUGGUUGACAGACUCCUGCUCCUGCUACAAAGCAUCAGCGCCUAUACUGAGUUACAAAGGGGCAGGCACAGAAGAGACCAAAGACCGCACAGAGGAUGCCUCUCAGUGGGUCUUGUGGUCAGGAACUAUUGGGGUAAUUUACUUCAGUGCGUGAACAAGAAGGAGAACUCCGGAGACAUUCAACAGACAAAAACAAGGACAUUAGACUGCAGUCACGCGAAGAAAGAGUCACCUCUGGCUUCCCCAUCUACCUCAGGCACUGACCUUUGCAGAAACUGUUCAUCUACGUUGCUUUCCCCAAACUCGUUUAAAUGUACCCCCCAGGAUAAGAAAAAUGCCUCAUCCAGUCCCAAAGCUGAACAGCACAAUGCCGGCUGUCAGACAACAGAGUCGUCCCUCAUUCCCUGCUACACAUGCCAUCAAGUCCAGUCCCUGUUGAGAAACACAGGAGACGCGUUGAUGGAUCUUCUCCACAGCGAGGGUCUGCCCUCGUCUCUUCAGCCUCUCUCCAACGCCAUGCAGGGCACCGUGGCUCCGGGACACAUGACGGCGGGGGAUGUCGCCCAGUGGGCCGCAGAGCAACCGAGGGACAUGCGGCGCCUUGCCAAGCAUCUUCAGGAUGUGCGGAGUACAGUGCAGCCUCUUAGAGAAGCCCUCGCGAAAGCUGAGACCGAGCGGGACCGAUUCGGUUCUCAGCUGGUGAGCGUGAAGAAGGAGUUCAAGCAAGAGGCGGAACAACAGCAGGCCAGCAUGGUCCAGCUGGAGUUUUCCCUGCGCAAAGCACAACGAUCCUCAAAAGAAACAGAGCAAAGGCUGCAGGAAGAGCAAAAGCAACUUAAAAGAGAGAUGUCGUCCUUGGAGGAGAGCAACACAAGACUCAAGGAGAAGGUAGAACUCCAGCAGGACGCCUUGCAAGCGCUCGCGAGUGAAAAGGACGAGCUGCACCAGAAGGUGACAACACUACAAAGGGAGGAGGAGACAUGCUGUAAACUGCAGCAAAGGGUCCAGGAGCUCGAGACUCAGCUCGUCGACACUCAGCUCCUUCUUGACAAGGAGAAGGCCAAGUAUCAGAGCGCCUGUCGUCGACAGGAGUCGAUGCAGGCAAAGCAGAAGUCCUUAUUAGAGAGAGUCGAUGCUCUCGACGAAGAGCGUGAAGAGCUACAGACGCAGCUGGGAGAGAAAGAAGAGGCAGAGACCAACUUAAAGAAUCAGCUGCAAAAUAUAUCAAAGUUGAAGGAGCAACAACAGGCUCAGCUCUCUCAGCAGCAGGACAUCUGUAGAGCGCUCCAAAAAGAGAAGGACCGUCUACAGACCCGUGCAGAUGGGCUGGAAAAGCAUGUAGCAGAGUUGAUGGAGCACGUGCAAGCAUUAAAGGAGAGGGAGAGACUUUUGGUGGCUUUCCCAGAGCUCAACAACUGGGCUCAAACCCAACCGCAAAGUACAGGAAACUUGAUUAUGGAUAUGGAGCAACAACAGCAAGCAAAUAGCCUUCGUAUAAAAGUUCUGGAACAGGAAAAUGCUACUCUGCACAAAAGUCUUGAGAAACUGCGACAGAAAGCAACGUUUAACGCUACCAGGGAGGCUCCACCGCAGCACACGUGAAGCCAGGAACAAAGUGGACCUGCUGUUUGCCUGGGAGUUUCAAGUCUAAAACCAGCCUGAUUCUAUAUUAUGAGGAAGAAAGGAAAUAAACACAAAUACUACCAUACACAUAAAAUGCUUGAAAUUUAUAUAUUUCCAGGGCACUGUUUUUGCUGCUUUGUUUAUUACUGUCUCUUUUGAAACCCAUUCUGUUUGUCACACACUUCCACUUUUGUAGCGUUUUAAAUGUGGUCCAGGAAGACCAGUCUAUUAAUGUUGGUGUUGAUCUAUUAAGAAAUAAUGUGUAUAAAGACUUACAUAAAAAAACGAAACAACUGUCUUACUUCUCUGUGGGUUCAUGGUUGUGGCUUUGAUCAAGGUUGACCGUUGCUUGUGCAAUCUAUUCAUUAUGACUUAAAGUCAUAAAAUAAAAAGAAAUCUGAAAAUGUGAGAAAGAAUGCCCCCUGAAGUAUGUAUUUGAAAACAGGUAAAAUAUGCUCAACUCUUCUGUGGCGCGUUCCCAGAUACAAAUUCAGAUUUCCGAGGUAACUCAAAAGCAGCAGUCCCUCAGAUAACGGCAUUCUUUCUACCACAUC